AUGUCUGUUGGCUCCUACAAGCAGUUCCAUUUUUCAUCUCGACAGUCCACCUGCAGUAAGGAUGGUGAACCUGUAUCGACUUCUUGUCCGUCAGCAUUGACAUGGCAUCGUAUUUUGCGGAAAUCGAACUACGCUCUUCUCCCCGAGGUGCCACCUUCUGCGGCCUCAAAACGAUCCCAUAGACUCCCCCAGGCUGUAUUAUGGUCAGUCAUCGGCCACAGUGACGGGAGUCCGAAAGCUUUCAGUUUACUUCCUGUGACCUCUAUCCCAGUAGCCUGUCUGGAAGACUACUUUUCCGGACAGUCCUGCUCUCGCUCUGUCACUGAUUCUGAAUUUAAUUCCCGAGCACUCAUAGAUAUCGUGUGGUCAUGGGUUAAUGGCAGCGACCCCCUGCAUAUUGCAGCUCUGAAUGACACAGAGCACGCCUAUGGAUACGGCAGUUCGAAACCCAAACUUUAUCGUGAUCAUAAUGAACUCAAAUAUUCUAUGCGCUCCGCACUGGCACAUUUUCGACACGGCGUCGGCUCGUUUCACCUACUCACUUCUGACAAUCCCGCCUCCGAUUCCACGAUUAGUAGCGAAGUCCGGUACGGCCAAAUCCCUCAGUGGCUUUCAGGCUCUCAAUGGACAGAUGGGUCUGCCUACUUGGACAUUCAACACCAUUCCCAGUUUUUUGUCCCUAGCGCAUAUACCGGUCCUACAUUCAACAGCUUCGCAAUAGAGUCGCAGCUCGGAAGUCUUUGCGGCGUUUCUGAGAACUUCAUUUAUAUGAAUGAUGACUUUUUGUUCAAUGGCGACGUCGAGACUGAAGAUUUCUACACCCCAUUCUUUGGACCUGUUCUUCGAUUCGAUUACGGAAUGGGCGUCGACCCGCACAAUCCCUCUGGUGCGGAUCCGGACGGGGAGUGGCGGCCCUUAGACUAUAGCAGCCAUUUACUGUCGAAACGGUUUGGACUAAGACCACGCUUGUACAUCGUACAUGCUCAUAAGCUCAUUAAUAUGCCUAUCAUGCACGAGAUGUCGGCAGGAAUGUGGUCGAAGGAGUUUCGCGCUACAGCGCAUCGACCAUUCCGAGGAAUGAACGGACAACCAACGGAGACUGACCCAGCUCCCAAACAUGUACCUGACGGAGACGACGUUCACCCUGGGUUCAUGUUCAGUAAUUAUCUCAUCGAUCGUGCGCGAGAGGCACUCUUAUGGUCAUGGGUGGUCGGCCGUAUUGGCGGUAAUGGAACGAUGCAUGUAGAUCGAGAAAAUACCCAACGCUCAGAUAACGAUGAUCGAUGGGAACCAGAAAUGCAUGGCGCACGCGCCUGGAAGGAACUUGGAGGGCUCGUCGGUAAGGCCAAGAUCGUAGUAAGAGUACCCCAACGAGAAACUCUUGACCACGAUCGUGUCGAAAAUCUGGUGAACAAACGGAGACCGGAGAUGCAAAGUCAGUACUCUUUUUCGUCUCAGGAUGGAUGCCCCCUGCAAUAUACGAAACCCAAUACGCCUGGGCACCCACCAAGAUUGGCAUCGAAUCCGCAUUACAAAAAUUUCGGGUGGAGGACAGCGGCUCUCUGUGAAAUCUCAUGGAAUCAGUGUUUUGAGAAGGACGAUAGGCCUAUUGAGAGUGCUAGCGAGAUUUUCGUUCAUGUGGCAUUUGAGAACGUCAACUGUGGAGAUUGCAUAAUCAGAGCCUUAAUGAUUGCUUCAGGGCCUCUCGGUCUAUCCGAAUUCCUUCCGUCGCCAAACAGGACUGUUCCACUUCGCCGACCGCAAAACCAUGUUGACGAGCUCCCCCCAGUCGGACCUCCACAUCUUCCACUAGCGCCUGACUAUCGUGACAUCGAUUUUUCUUUAGAUACUGUGAUGGCGCCAUGGAUUGAAGAGGCCACUCAGAGGCGAGGACUGGAGAAAGGAGCAGCGGGGCUGAGUGUCAGAGAAUGGACAAUGAUGGCCAUUCAGAGGUAUCGCUACGUCGUCGGCGAAUUACCAACGAGAUUCCUCUCAAUCAACACCCCGGCCACAGCUCGUAGUGGCGUCAAAGGUCUUGGAAAUGAGGCUUUGAGAUUAGUAUGCAUCAAUGACGAUGUCACGAACCAAAACGAUGUGUCGGCCGUUGAUAAAAUACUGCAGGAUUGGUUCGCUUCCAAGUGGCCAACACCAGCAGCCUGGGAAGCCUGACUUUGCAUCUAGCGAGAUUUGUU